CUUUUCUGCUCAUCAUAAACUAAACCCAUUAUAAACAAAUUAUAGGUACUUUCUCACCAAAGUCUUUGAUUAUAGAAAAACCCAUAUUCCCAAAAUAAUAUAGGAUAGAGUAGAACAUAGAGUUUCCAUUACAGUCAACUUAAUUUCUUUUUUUCAUUCACUUUCUAAAAAAACCCUUUUCUUCACUAUUUUAUCUUAAAUAAUCCCAAAAAUAGAAGGUUAUAUUCUUCAAUUUUGGUCAAAACAUUUUCUUGCCUUUACCAAAGUUUUGGGUUUUGAAUUUCCUAAAGAGUUGCUCUUUUUUUUUAUUACUUUUUUGUGUAAAGUUUGCAUUUUUUAUGUAAAAAGAGCAUGAAAACUAUGAUGGGUUUUCUUGAAAAUGGAUUUUUAAGGUAUUUUUAGCUUCUGGGUAUUUCUUUGAUUGAGUAAAAUCAAUCCUUUUAUUAUUACAAAUAAUGAAUCAUGAUGAAACUGUUGUUGAGUUUCAAGCAACUGAAAAACAAAUUUUGGGUUGUUCAGUAAAUGAUGCAACAGUUUCAGAAACUGUCAUAGUAAUACCAGAAGAUUUACCAGUUUCUGAAAACAGAUCAACUGAAAGUUGUGCAACAGGAAUUGUUGAUGAAGCAGAAGUUUCUGAGAAUAAUAAUGAAGAUGUGGAUAAAAAAUUAUGGGUUGUUGUUGAUGAUGAUGAUGAUAAAUGUGGAGAAGAUGGUGAAAGAGUAUGUAGAAUAUGUCAUUUAAACUCUGAGCAACCAUGGAAAUUAGCCUUUUUUGCUUCAAAAACUGAUCUUAUUUUGCUUGGAUGUGGAUGUAAAGGUGAACUUAGUGUUACACAUUUGUAUUGUGCUGAAGCUUGGUUCAAGCUCAAAGGAAACAGGAUCUGCGAAAUAUGUGGAGAGACAGCAAAUAAUGUAAGAGGUGUGGGGAAUGAGAGCUUUAUGGAGGAGUGGAAAGAUAGCAGAAUGACUGCCAAUGCAACCGAUGCAUCAGACAGAAGUGCAGAAGGAUGCUGGCAUGGGCAACCAUUGUGUAACUUCCUCAUGGCUUGCUUAGUGAUCGCGUUUGUCUUACCAUGGUUUUUCCGUGUUAAUAUGUUUUGAGUAUGUACAUUUCUUCUCUCAAACAUAAAAAUAAGUACUGCUGUAAUGGCUGAGAUUUUGAUGGAGCAUGAAAGCGAUAAGGCGAUAAUUCCUGCACACAAGCAUUUUCUAGUUCUGAGAUAUCAAGUUUAGCUUCAAGUUCUGAAUACUGGGUUUGGAUUUGUGAACAAGUAACAACAGAUUGUAAUUUUAUUUGUAUAGUGGUAUAGACUGUAUACAAACCCAUAAUUUGAAGGAGUUCUGACUUCUGAGGUGUUAGUGACAUCAUUGUGUAUGUAAUUGAGAUGUGAAUUAUUUACUGCA